UUCUCUGCAUAGAUCGCACCCAGAACGAACAGAGACACGCCAAAACACGACUAGAUUCAUGAGGAAUGAGCCGGUGCCUUUGGAUUCAUGACAUCUUUCUAAAGGCUUUUCACUGAGUGAGAUCUACAGGAGAGCUUUGAAUGUUCGGGACUGAUCGGAUGUUCAGCUGACUGUGAUUGCAGGAACAUUGUGCGACCAUCAUCAUGGCUGCGUCUGAAUUAUAUACAAAGUAUGCACGGGUCUGGAUCCCGGAUGUAGAGGAAGUGUGGAAGUCAGCAGAGCUCACCAAGGACUACAGACAAGGAGAUGGAGUACUGCAGCUACAGCUGGAGGAUGGAAAGGAACUGGAGUAUAAAUUGGACCCCAAGACAAACAACUUACCACACCUCCGUAACCCUGAUAUCCUGGUGGGAGAAAAUGACCUGACAGCUCUUAGUUACCUUCACGAGCCCGCUGUGUUACACAAUCUGAAAGUGCGCUUCAUUGAUUCCAAACUCAUCUACACAUACUGCGGUAUUGUUCUAGUCGCUAUUAACCCAUAUGAGACACUACCCAUCUAUGGAACUGACAUCAUUAACGCAUACAGUGGGCAGAAUAUGGGUGACAUGGACCCUCACAUCUUCGCAGUGGCAGAAGAAGCUUACAAACAGAUGGCCAGGGAUGAGAGGAAUCAGUCCAUCAUUGUGAGCGGAGAAUCCGGAGCAGGGAAAACUGUCUCAGCCAAAUACGCCAUGCGUUACUUUGCUACGGUCAGUGGCUCUGCCAGCGAAGCCAAUGUGGAAGAAAAAGUUCUGGCAUCCAACCCCAUCAUGGAGUCCAUCGGUAAUGCCAAGACCACCAGGAAUGACAAUAGCAGUCGUUUUGGGAAAUACAUUGAGAUUGGCUUUGAUAAGAAGUAUCGCAUCAUUGGAGCGAACAUGAGGACAUAUCUCUUGGAGAAAUCACGUGUCGUAUUUCAGGCAGAUGAGGAGAGGAAUUAUCAUAUCUUCUAUCAGCUCUGUGCAUCUGCUCACCUCCCGGAGUUCAAAGCCCUGAAACUCGCCGAAUAA